CACAUCUCGCCAUAGCAACACGCAGAGGCCCGAGAAAUAUGUCCCAUAGUGCACUCUGACUGGAUGGUCAGGGACAAGGUAUAGAGGGGAAAAAGAUGUGUGAAUAAUAAUAAUAAUAAUAAUAAUAAUAAUAAUAAUAAUAAUAAUAUGCAUUUGUACCCUUGCCUUUUCAAAGUAAGCGCAUGGUUUAAUUUCAGUUGAAAGUUUAACAGGGCAAAACAACAACAAAAUGAAAUGUUAAGUGCAGACUCUAGCAUUAUUUGCUGUAGGCCUAAUUCAGUACCUAUUCCGUGUUUAUUGAGCAGUCAGCUGCAGCCUUGCCUGACUAAUCAGCUCCAGAUACAGAACAAACAAACCAACAAACGCUGUGCAACUCAGAAGGCUAAACCAAGAGUUCAGAUAAUCUAAACUGACAGGUAAAUUGAGAUUUCACUUUCAGUCCGCGUAAGCAUUUGAAGUUGCGUGUUGCUGAUUUUAUGUAGUUCAAAGUCUCUUUUCCCGUCACUUCAGCUCCUCUGUGUUGGCGCGCAGCCUCGCGCAAAACUUCAAGCACCGUUCGCCAGGAGCGCAAGUGGUUCUAGCAUCUCCCGUGACCAAUGAACGCGUCGCUGUCAGGGGCAACCGCGUCUGUCAAGCCUUUCUGUCCAAUCACGAGCGGAGCGAGGCAGAAACGCAAGGCGCGCGCCUUCACUCGGCGCUGGGGAGCCGCCUGUGGCACAAAAAAGUAAGCGUGAAACGCGUCGACGCGAGCAAAGCCCCCCUCGACUCUCCCUCUCUGCCUCUCUCACUUUCUCUCUUUCUGUGCCCUGCUGGAGGCGAUGGCGACCGCGGCGUCCAACCACUACCGCCUCCUGACGUCGAGCGCGUCCGAAGCGGGAAGCAUGCAGCAGGCGCCAGCUUACAGGGACGCGCCGAGCCUGCUGCACAGCGACUACACGACGCUCCAGAGCGCCGCCAACCCGCUCGGCCACGCGCACCAGUGGCUCGCGGCGCUCUCGCACGGCGACGGCUCUCCGUGGUCAGAGCAGGACAUCAAGCCCGCGCUGCACGGCGACGCCGACGAGCUCCAGCACUCGCCGAGUCUGCAGCCGCAGCAGCAGCAACAGCAGCAACAGUCGCGAGCGACUCAUCUGGUGCACGAGGGCGCGCAUCACCAGGAUCAUCACUGGAGGGCGAGCACAACGGCGCACAUGGCCAGCAUGACGAGUUCAAACGGACCGAGCAUGAUCUACUCGCAGCCGGGAUACGGAGGCGAGCAGGGCAUGCACCACCAUGCAAAUGCCCUGAGCGAGGCGCACGAGGACGAACCGAGCCCGCGCAUCAGCGAGCACGGCCACGCGCCGAGCCUCCGCCCGGGCCAGCACGAGCACUCGGACGACGACGUGCCCACCUCCGACGACCUGGAGCACUUCGCUAAGCAGUUCAAGCAGCGGCGCAUCAAGCUCGGCUUCACGCAGGCCGACGUGGGCUUGGCGCUCGGCACGCUUUACGGCAACGUCUUCUCGCAGACCACCAUCUGUAGGUUCGAGGCGCUGCAGCUCAGCUUCAAGAACAUGUGCAAGCUCAAGCCUUUGCUAAACAAGUGGCUCGAGGAGGCCGACUCCACUUCGGGCAGCCCCACGAGCCUGGACAAAAUCGCCGCGCAGGGCAGGAAGAGGAAAAAGCGCACCUCCAUUGAAGUGGGCGUCAAGGGCGCACUGGAGAGCCAUUUCCUAAAGUGCCCUAAACCCGGUGCGGCAGAGAUUAACGCUCUGGCGGACAGUCUGCAGCUGGACAAGGAGGUCGUGCGGGUCUGGUUCUGCAACAGGCGGCAGAAAGAGAAGCGGAUGACGCCUCAGUGCGCUCCGUUAGCCGACAACAAGGACGUGUACGGGGACACGCCGCCGCACCACGGCGAUCGGACACCAGUUCCGUGAUUUUGGGGGCGGCGGGGGGAUUUUCCGUGAUUUUUUUCACCACCUGCACAAGCUCGGACCGUGUCUUUGUCUCCGCCACAACGGCUCAUUCACGGUGGACCGAGCCGCACGAGAGCCUACGUGACACCGCAUAGGUGUUGCAUGUUGUUGCCCGAACAAUGCGGACAAGGGCGGGCGACGGGACGCAUGUGUCGCAUAAGACGCUCGCGCUUCACGGAAACCCAAACAGGCGCGGGGCCAUGACAAAAACGCUUCAUUCAAGCUUAGAAGCCCAAGGAUUUGUGAAAGCACGUCUCAUCGGGUUGGAGCAGAGAGCUGAGGAAAGGGCGUUCAACACGCCAUCUUCCCGUCAGGGCCACAAAACGUGUCAACACGCGCCGAUGCGGUGUCUGCCGUUCACUUAUUAUUAUUAUUAUUAUUACUAUUAUUAUUAUUAUUACUCUUCAGCUACGUUCCAACCUGAGCUUAGAGGUGUAAUGAGUUCAGUCUGCCUCUUUUGUGUAGUAAAGCCUGAUGCUGGUGUUUAGGUCCUGAUCAUAACAAAAGGCUGCUAAGUGCUGUUUCCCAACACUGCAAACCAGUCCAGCUUUAUGCAGGUCACGAAUUCACACUGCUGAUGUGCCCAGCAGAAAUCCUUAUCAGUGUGAGGUAUGAGUACGUGAUUACCAGCAGUAAGUUAAGUCUACACAAAUGAUGGCUCUGUGCAAUACAUCUAAAUCGCCCUAAAUCGGAAUAUAGGAGCAGCUGACAUAAGACAGGCGUGCACAGUUCAGACAAGUGCCAUUAUAAAGACAUUUCACAUUUGGAAUCUUAAAUGGUUAUUUUAUACUGGGUUAAAAAAUAAUGCAGUUCUUCAUAUUUAGAAGGAAUCAGGUUAAACUGAGAUUUAAAAAUGGUCUAUAGGUCCUGGGAUUAUUAUGGUAUUGUCUGAUAACAGAUAAGUGAAGAUUCUGACAAUUAAAUUAAGACAAAUAUAACACUUUGUUAUAUAUAUGGUAGGCCUAGGCCUUGGAGUCUGUCUUUACAGGUUUAUUAAUUAAACUGAACCAAAAUGAUCCAUAAAAAAGAAAUAUAAUAAUUUCCCUAUCAAUAAUAAUAGGCACAACAACAACAAUAAUAAUAAUAAUAAUAAUAAUAAUAAUAAUAAUAAUAAUAAGCAAAUACGCUAUUACUGACCACGUCUUACUGUGAUGGAUUUAAAUUAUCUAUAAGCUUCUUAUUGCAGCGUCACCCUAAUGUAUAUUUAUACUUGUUUGUGUUUUGUAUUUAUCUCUUGUUUAGGCAACCAAAUUGUUCCUUUGACCCUUACUGUCAACACAAUGCGCCUUUCCUGCCUUCUUUUUAUUGUCAAGAGAAAAUAUCCGACACCAGCCCUGUGCUCAGUGGAAAACCUGUCACCAUUCUGAUCACCAAAACAGUUAUCUGACACCUCGACAAUAAGGUUGCUCUAAGCUACUUGGGUUGUAUUAUUAUUAUUAUUAUUAUUAUUAUUAUUAUUAUUUGUAUGGGUUUGUCGAUAUUGUUUGUUCUUGUCCGCUUAUCUUGGCGCAGCCAAAGCACAACUUCGAUGUAGCUCUAGAGCCUGUGAGACGAGCAAUGAUUCUGGAUUUUUUUGAAAAUACUUGACUGACAACUUGCACAAUUUUUAAUAUCUUUUUGUCAUUAAAGGAAAUACUUGCUUUUACACAAUAUACUAGUGCAUUAAUUAACGGUAGUGAUGUCAGUUGUUUUGUUUUAUUAUUAUUAUUAUCAUUAUUAUUAUUAGUAGUAGUAGUAUUAGUAUUAUUAGUAUUAUUAUCAUCACCACUGUGGAUUAUCCAGCUCUGCGAAUUUAGAGGUUCACCUUUAUCAUUUUUCAUUUCAUAUUCAGGUGCGCUCAUCAUCAGUGUCCAUCACACAUGGCGUUUGAAAUGUAAAUGACUACAGACAGCCAUUUCUGUUUAUGCACACAUGGCAAUAUUCUGAGUGACAACCUGACAGUCUUAAUAUGAUCUAAGAUAACUACAGAUAUCAUGUUUAGGCGCAUACACUCUUCCUUAAACACGCUAAAUACCCGGUCUGCUCCAGUACUGAAUGUAACACAGUGUUUACAGCCUAUGUCAAGUUAGACACUGUCCACCUGUUCAUUCUACCCUGAAGUAUUAAUUCAGCACUGUGAGAAUAAGACUACAGCCAUUUCAUAAUUUCAUGCACUAUUCAUUUAUUGCACAUAUCAGAUC